AUGGGCGAGCGGGCGGCCUUUAACCGAGAGCUUCGCCGGACGCGUCCGAGGGAACGUAGCGAUAGGAAAUACCCGACGGAGCGUGACCUCGGAGUUCUGUCCUUCAUUUUCAUUUAUUUUUCAGAAAAAGAGCAACAGGAAGCAAUUGAACACAUUGAUGAAGUACAGAAUGAAAUAGACAGACUGAAUGAACAAGCCAGUGAGGAAAUUUUGAAAGUAGAACAGAAAUACAACAAACUCCGCCAACCAUUCUUCCAGAAGAGGUCAGAAUUGAUCGCCAAAAUCCCAAAUUUCUGGGUAACAACAUUUGUCAACCACCCGCAAGUAUCUGCACUGCUGGGAGAAGAAGACGAAGAGGCACUGCAUUAUUUGACCAGAGUUGAGGUGACAGAAUUUGAAGACAUCAAAUCAGGUUACAGAAUAGAUUUUUAUUUUGAUGAGAAUCCAUACUUUGAAAAUAAAGUUCUCUCCAAAGAGUUUCACCUGAAUGAAAGCGGAGACCCAUCUUCAAAAUCAACUGAGAUCAAAUGGAAAUCUGGAAAGGAUCUGACAAAACGUUCAAGCCAGACACAGAACAAAGCCAGUAGGAAGAGGCAGCAUGAAGAGCCAGAAAGUUUCUUUACCUGGUUCACUGACCACUCUGAUGCAGGUGCUGAUGAGCUAGGAGAGGUCAUCAAGGAUGACAUCUGGCCAAAUCCAUUGCAGUACUACUUGGUUCCUGAUAUGGAUGAUGAAGAAGGGGAGGGAGAGGAAGACGAUGAUGAUGAUGAAGAGGAAGAAGGAUUGGAGGAUAUUGAUGAAGAAGGAGAUGAAGAUGAGGGAGAAGAAGAUGAAGAUGAUGAUGAGGGAGAGGAAGGAGAGGAGGAUGAAGGAGAAGAUGACUAAUUGAACACUGAUGGAUUCCAAAUUCCCUUUUUACCUUUUUAAUUUUUCUCCAGUCCCUGGGAGCAAGUUGCUGUCUUUUUUUUCUUGUGCUCAGUCUCCUUGUUCUCUUGAGGUCUCUUUUUCUCUCCUCUACACCAUGGUUCACAAUUUAAUUUGGGGAAAAUACCUUGAGCAGAAUACAGUGGAAAAGAAUCUACCGGUUUCUGUUUCAAGUUCAUUUUUAUCCCUUUCUGUCUCAAAACAAAAACUGUUUAUGGAAUCAACACACCAUAUUCUGUGGGAAAAAAGAAAACCUUCUGCUCCCUUCACUCUGCUGGAAGCUGAAGAGUGCUAGGCCCCUGUGUAGUAGUGCAUAGAAUCUAGCUUUUUUCCUUCUUUCUCUGUAUAUUGGGCUCAGAGAUUACACUGUGUCUCUAUGUGAAUAUGGACAGUUAGCAUUUACCAACAUGUAUCUGUCUACUUUCUCUUGUUUAAAAAAAAAAGAAAAAAGCUAAAAAAAAAAAAAUGGGGUUAUAGAAGGUCAGCCUGGGGUGGGUUUCAGAUGUGUGGGUGGGGUAAGUGGGCAUUUUGACAACAUGGCUUCUUCUCCUUUGGCAUGUUUAAUUGUGAUGUUUAACAAACAUCCUUGCAGUUUAAGAUGACACUUUUAAAAUAAAAUCUUCUCCUAAUGA